AUUUAUUCUAAGUCUUGUCUUACUCUUUUUCUUUUUUCUUUUGCUUUCCUCUAUUUUGAUAGGUAGCAUUUUUCCCCUUGUUGGAAUUGAACCUAGGGCAUCCAUGUUUCCAGCCUGACCCCUUGUCACUUGUAGAAGCCCUCAAAAUUCGACUCUCUUGUCAAAUUCCUACCUAAAAUUAUGUAAUCCUCUCAAAGGGAUUUACUAACUUUCCAUCUCACAUAGUGAAGAAAUGGCCCAACCUUCAAUGUAGGAAGUUUAUUUUCAUUUGAAAUAUGUUCGACAUAAUCAUGAAGUAGCCCAUACUUAGGUUCAAUAGCUCCUCAUUGCAUUGCUGGACUAAGUGGUCUUAGGAUAGUCCUUGUUUACUAGAUAAUGCUUUAAAUAACAAAAAGUUAAUAAAUGAACACAAACUUUCAAAACAGGUUUCUAGCUGUAUAUAACAACAUAUAGGAAGUAAAGGUCAAAUGAGCAUGCCACUGUUACAUUUGGGAGUUAGACGAUACUCUUAAUUCUUUACAUCACAUGUUUUAAGUAUAGCUGUUUCACAUGGUUUUCUUGUCAUCUCUUGUCCCAAGGCUAAUGUCUCCUUCAGAUGACUGAAUUUUGGUUGAAACUUGAGGUUUCUGAUGGGUUCACCGGCAAUGAAAAUUGGAUAUAGUAAUACAAAUUAUAAAGAUUCUUAUAAUGCAUCAAACCAUCUGCUCAAGACCACAGUCAACUUCCUUAGAUGGCCUUCAAACGGAGUGGAGGAGAUAAUGUUGAAUUUGAGCCUGAUCCUGCUACUUGGACAGCCUUGGAGGAGAAAAUUUUUAUUCAGUUGAUGGUUAAAGAGGUUCAGAGAGGAAAUAGAUCCGCUACAACAUUUUCAAGGAAAGGUUGGAAAAGCAUAGAGCAAGAAUUUCGUGAGAAAACUAACAAGAGGUACAACAACUCUCAAUUUAGAAAUAAGUUUAAUCAACUGAGGACCCGGUACCAUGAUUUUAGUAGACUUUUGAGAGAAUCUGGAUUUAGUUGGGAUCCUGUGCUGAAUACCAUCAUUGCAAAUGAAGCUGUAUGGGAUUCAUACAUUAAGGUGAACAAAAGUGCAAAGAGAUUCCGAAAAAAAGGAUGUCCUAUGUUUAAUGAGCUCGGGAUCAUAUUUGGUGAUCCAGCACAAUGCAAAGUUGUGUUCCCAUUGGCUCAGUAUCCCUCUGGUAAUGAAGAAAAAUUGGAACUAGAAGAUGCAUCAACCAACGCUACUCCGUCCGCAUUCCCAAGUGACAGUAGCGAUGAAAAGGACUAUUCCUCACCAAGUUCACGCCGUCGGAGAGAACGAUCUCCUACACCAACAAGCCAUAUUCAAGGGAAGAGGGAGUUCAGGACAUUAGAGAUGGGUGAAGCUCUGAAGGAGUGGGCAGAGGCUUCAAAGGCAAAGACACCAACCCUGAGCAGAUUCGAGGAAUCCUCACAAUGUAAUGCCUUCUCCAUUACCAACUGUGUGAGGUGUCUAGAAUCAAUUGAAGGUGUGGAUGGGAGUACCUACAUAAAGGCAAUCAAGAUGUUUAAGGAUGUAGACUGGAGGGAGAUGUUCAUGGCAAUGUCUGCCGAGAGAAGAUUGGUUUGGUUGGCUAGCUUAGAGUGAUAUUUUAGUGAUAUAUACUGGGGGAAAAAAGAAGGGGAAGAAAAGAACAGAAAAUUGUAAUCAUGUUUGAAACUGGGUAGUUCUUCCUUUUUGGAACUAGUUCAAUUAAUGCUGUCUCUUUGUUUUGGUGCUGGUU